AUGGUCGAUUUGGUCGAUGAACAUGGACCGAGGGACAUGGAACAAGACAACAUGAUGAUGAGAAUGAUCUCUUUUGAUUACCUGCCUAGAGGGAUCAUCAAGCCUAUGAACUUUGUGAUGCCAGAUGAAUUGUCUUCAUCGUCUUCGUCAUCAUCAUGGAAAGAAAAGAAAGAAACAACAUUAGUCAAUGGAAAAUGGACUGCUGAAGAAGACAGGAUAUUGAUUCAACUUGUGGAGAAAUAUGGAUUGCAAAAAUGGUCACAUAUAGCGCAAGUGUUACCAGGAAGGAUAGGGAAGCAAUGUAGAGAGAGAGGUGGCAAAGAAACAUGGACUGAAGAAGAAGACAAAGUGUUAAUAGAAUUUCAUAAAGAGAUUGGGAACAAAUGGGCAGAGAUUGCGAAAAGACUCCCUGGAAGAACAGAGAACUCGAUCAAGAACCAUUGGAAUGCGACAAAAAGAAGACAGUUCUCUAAGAGAAAGUGCAGAUCUAAGUAUCCAAGACCUUCUCUGUUGCAGGAUUACAUACAGAUCUUGGGUUUGGAAGCGUUGUCUUCUUCCUCUGUGCCUGCAAGAGGUAUACGCAGAGAGAGCAGCAAGAAGAAAGAUAUUAUGGCGGUUGAUGAAAAUAAUAAGAAGAAUGAAGAUGAGCUUUAUGAACAAGAUUGGAUUGUGCCUGAAUGUAUGUUUACUGAUGACUUUGGAAACAAUGAGAACCUGCUUGAGGAAGGAUGUAGCAUUGACUCAUUACUUGAUGACCUUCCUCAGCCUGACAUUGAUGCUUUUGUUCAUGGACUCUGA